AUGCCUCGUGGUCAUAAGAGUAAGCUCCGCGCCCGCGAGAAACGUCGCCAGGCCCAAGGUGACAUCCACAGUGUCCAGGGUGCUCAGGCCACUGCAGCAGAGGAGGAAGGGUACCCGUCCUCUUCUGCUCCUCCUGUUGGGGGGCCUCCGCAGAGCUCCCCUGCUUCUCGCACUCCCCAGGGGUCUCAGAGAGCGCCAUCCACCACCACUGCUACUGUAGGUGCUUCAGGCAGAAGAGCUCCUAGAGGGGCCAAUGGCCAAGAUGAGGAACCUCCAAGCUCCUCUUCUACCCCAUACCCCAAUGAGAGGUCACAUAGAGACCCCCUAACCAGGAGGGUGACCAUGUUGCUGCAGUUCCUGCUGUCCAAGUAUGAAAUGCGAGAGCACAUUACCAAGGGAAAAAUGUUGAAGAUCAUAAACAAAAGGUACAAGGAGCACUUCCCUGAGAUCCUGAGGAGAGCCUCUAAGUGCAUAGAGCUGGUCUUUGGCCUUGACGUGAAGGAAGUCGAUUCCAAAGGUCAAUCGUAUACCAUUGUCAGCAAGUUAGAGAUCACCGAGGAGGAGAAACUGAGUGGUGGCAGGGGGAUUCCUAAGACCGGGAUUCUGAUGCCUCUCCUGUCCAUGAUCUACAAGAAUGGCAACCGGGCCACCGAGGAGAAGAUGUGGGAAUUCCUGAAUGUGUUUGGGAUGUACGAUGGGAAGACGCACUUCAUCUUUGGGGAGCCCCGGAAGCUCAUCACCAAAGAUUUGGUGCAGGCAAAGUACCUGGAAUACCGGCAGGUGCCCAACAGUGAUCCUCCACGCUACGAAUUCCUGUGGGGUCCUGAAGCCCAAGCUGAAGCCAGCAAGACAAAAGUCCUGGAGUUUUUGGCCAAGGUCAAGGAUACCAAUUCCAGUGCCUUACAAGCCCUGUAUAAAGAAACAUGGGGAGAUGAGGAAGAGACAGCCUCAGGCAGAGAAUGGGCUGGGGCUUGUCCUCAUGCCAGGGCCAGGGCUAGUGUCAGGGAGAGUCUAGCUGGUCCUCCCAUCCCUGGUGAACUCUGA